CUUGAGCUGGCACUCCAAAACAGCUGUCGCAUUGCGCAUGGAUGACGUGCCGCGCUGGAGAUUCAUCGAUUGAUUUCGUUGCCGUUUAUUUCGUCGCCAAAGUCAGUCGCGACUGAUGCGACGGAGCCGUGUGUAGUUAUUUAGUUUAGCAGUGUGUGGUGACAAACGUGCAAUAUGGGGUCGUUGUUCCGGAGUGAGGAGAUGACAUUAUGUCAGCUCUUCCUGCAGAGUGAAGCUGCGUAUGCCUGCGUGUCCGAGUUGGGCGAGUUGGGGCUUGUGCAAUUUCGCGAUUUAAACCCAGAUGUCAAUGCCUUCCAACGCAAGUUCGUCAACGAGGUCCGUCGCUGCGACGAGAUGGAGCGCAAACUCCGGUACCUCGAGAAGGAGAUCCGACGAGACGGGAUCCCCAUGUUGGAGAUCCCAGGGGAAUGCCCUGAAGCACCUCAGCCUAGGGAGAUGAUCGAUCUUGAGGCCACCUUUGAAAAGCUGGAGAACGAGCUGCGCGAGGUCAACCAAAACGCCGAGGCCCUCAAGAGGAAUUACCUCGAGCUCACAGAGCUGAAGCACAUCCUCAGGAAGACUCAGGUGUUCUUCGACGAGCACGAGGGCGGGGCCGGUACCACUGAGUCCAUGACGCGAGCGCUGAUAUCCGACGACCAGAACAGAAAUGUCGGUCACGUCCAACUGGGUAUGCGGGAUAAGCAGGAGUCAUUGGAAUUCUUACCGUGCUUCGUCGCUGGCGUGAUUCUCCGUGAACGCAUACCAGCUUUCGAGCGUAUGCUGUGGCGCGCGUGCCGCGGCAAUGUCUUCCUGCGUCAAGCUGAGAUCGACACUCCUCUCGAGGACCCGUCUUCCUCCGACCAGGUGUACAAGUCGGUGUUCAUCAUCUUCUUCCAAGGCGACCAGCUGAAGACGCGCGUCAAGAAGAUCUGCGAGGGCUUCCGUGCUACACUCUACCCGUGCCCCGAAGCGCCCGCGGACCGACGUGAAAUGGCCAUGGGUGUCAUGACACGGAUCGAGGAUCUUAACACGGUCCUCGGCCAGACGCAAGACCACCGCCACCGCGUGCUCGUCGCCGCCGCCAAGAACAUCAAGAACUGGUUCGUCAAAGUCCGCAAGAUCAAGGCCAUCUACCACACCCUGAACCUGUUCAACCUAGACGUCACGCAGAAGUGCCUGAUAGCCGAGUGCUGGGUGCCGGCUCUUGACAUGGAGACUAUUCAGCUGGCUUUGAGGAGGGGAACGGAACGUUCCGGAAGCUCAGUGCCGCCAAUCCUGAACCGGAUGGAGACUCUUGAGGACCCGCCGACGUACAACCGCACCAACAAGUUCACGUCCGCCUUCCAAAACCUCAUCUACGCGUACGGUGUCGCCACCUACCGCGAGGUCAACCCUGCUCCGUACACCAUAAUCACGUUCCCGUUCCUUUUCGCCGUGAUGUUUGGCGACCUGGGCCACGGGGCUCUGAUGGCCGCCUUCGGGUUCUGGAUGUGCUACAAGGAGAAACCUCUGCAGGCCAAGAAGAUUGACAGCGAGAUCUGGACGAUAUUCUUCGGCGGGCGCUACAUCAUCCUCCUCAUGGGCCUCUUCUCGAUGUACACCGGCCUCAUCUACAACGACAUAUUCUCCAAGAGCCUCAACAUCUUCGGCUCGGCCUGGCGCAACAACUAUAACAACUCGACGCUGUCAACAACCGCCAUGUUGCAACUCAAUCCGGACUCGUGGGACUACCUUCAGACCCCGUACCCGUUCGGAAUUGAUCCCGUGUGGCAGCUCGCCGAAGCCAACAAGAUCAUCUUCAUGAACGCCUACAAGAUGAAAAUCUCCAUCAUCAUCGGUGUCUUCCACAUGUUAUUCGGUGUCUGCAUGUCGCUCUGGAACCAUCUGUACUUCAAGCGGCGCACGAGCGUGUACGUGGAGUUUCUGCCCCAAAUCGUGUUCCUAGUGCUGCUGUUCUUCUACAUGGUGCUGCUCAUGUUCAUCAAGUGGACCAGCUAUGGCUCCACGCCCCCGUUCUUCGGCGACCCAAAGUACGUGACGACCAGCGCAUUCUGUGCACCCUCGAUCCUGAUCACGUUCAUCAACAUGAUGCUGUUCAAACAAGACGCCAACGACCCCUCGCGGGAGAUGUGCGCCGAAAACAUGACCAUGUUUGCCGGCCAACUGGGCAUACAGAAGUUCUUCGUGGUGGUGGCGCUGCUGUGCGUGCCCGUCAUGUUGCUCGGGAAACCGUACUUCAUCAUGCAAGAGCAGAAGAAACGCGCUGUGAGUACACUCGCCGGGGCCGGGGCCGGGGCCGGGGCCGGGGCCGGGGCCGGGGCGGGGCCGGGGCCGGGCGGCGCGCUCGUGCCCGCACCCGGCCACCACGACGAGGACAUCACCGAGGUCUUCAUACACCAGGCCAUCCACACGAUCGAGUAUGUGCUGGGCAGCAUCUCGCACACAGCCUCGUACCUCCGUCUGUGGGCCCUGUCCCUCGCCCACGCGCAGCUGGCUGAAGUGGCCUGGAACAUGCUGCUCCGGAAAGGUCUGCAGUCUAGCGGGUUCUCGGGCGGCAUAUUCCUGUACCUGGUGUUCGCGGGCUGGGCCGCCAUCUCCGUGUCCAUCCUGGUGCUCAUGGAGGGGCUGUCCGCCUUCCUGCACACGCUGCGUCUCCACUGGGUGGAGUUUCAGAGCAAGUUCUACGCCGGCGAGGGCUACCUAUUCCAGCCGUUCUCGUUCGAGGUGAUCCUCGACUCCGCCGAGGCGGACGAGUAAAC